AUGGACAAGCUUCAGAGAGAACCUCAACCAACUGAAUCAAGUCUCAGUGCCAAGGUGGCUGAGACUCUCAUCGGAGACAUUGAGCAUCCAGAUCCACGGAUGCAUUUGCAGAUGCGUCAACAGCAGCCAUGGGCGCAGUGGUGUAUAUUCGCACCAAACAAAUCAACGAACCAGCAUCAACGUGUUGCCCUAGCUUGGAUCAAGAGUCACCCAUCGAGAUGGAAGGAUUUUGUCCAAAACCGAGUCAUCAAGAUCCAGGAAUCCCUUCCAGACGCUACCUGGAGGCACAUCAGCGGUAAGGAAAAUCCAGCCGACUGUGCAUCCAGAGGACUAUCACCACAGGAGCUAGCAGAACAUCAGCUAUGGUGGUCAGGCCCUGAGUGGAUAAAUCAGGAACCUGAAAACUGGCCAGUAUCACCACUUAACUCUCCAGCCGAAGCAUCAACAGAAGCAAGGCCAACUUCAUCACAUCAGACAUCUAUCAAGAUCAACGCCGUAGCAGAGCUCCUCAACAGAUACUCAACACUAGCCAAGGUCCUCCAAGUAACAGCCACCGUGAACCGAGCCAUCGACAGGCUACUUGAAAGAGACCAUCAAAUACCACGGAGUCAUCCACUAGCAAAGCUGACUCCAACUCUAGACAAUGAGAGCAUCAUCAGGCUAGGUGGCCGCCUUAAGAAUUCUCAACUAGACCCUGACGAGAUUCACCCAAUUAUCCUGCCUCGUCAGUCUCGCUUAACAACGUUGGUCAUCGAAGAAGCUCACCGAAGGACACUCCAUGGAGGAACUCAACUCACUCUAGCCCACACACGCCAGAAGUAUUGGAUCAUCGGCGGCAGAUGUACUGUGAGAGCAUAUAUCUCACGCUGCCCUGCCUGCAUCCGACAUCGUGGACGACAGGCCCAGCAACUAAUGGGCCAACUGCCUGCAGUGAGAAUAUCACCUUCACGAGCAUUUCUCCAUACGGGGGUGGACUAUGCCGGCCCAUUCCCCAUUCUCAAAUGGCGACCCACAAAUGCCCAACCAACUAGCGUUCAUAUUGCAGUAUUUGUGUGUUUCAGUACAUCAGCAGUCCAUUUAGAGCUCGUUUCCAGGCAGACAACAGACGCAUUCAUCGGAGCCUACAAGAGAUUCACCGGAAGGAGAGGCAUCCCCGAGGUUAUGUACAGUGACAACGCAACCACGUUCGUUGGCGCCUCAACAGUCCUCAACAAGCUGUACAACCAGCCAACCAGAGAGAAUCAACAGAUCCAGGCUGCUCUCGCCACCAACGGGACUCAAUGGAGCUUUUCACCACCGAGAGCUCCCCAUUUCGGUGGCAAAUGA